CUGUACGCAGACGCAGGCGGGCAGGGAACUGGAGUUAGUGUUGGCUCCGCGGCGGUGUCGCAUCCGUCCAAGAUGGCAGAGGUGGAAGAGACACUGAAGCGACUUCAGAGCCAGAAGGGAGUACAGGGCAUCAUCGUGGUGAAUACAGAAGGCAUUCCUAUCAAGAGCACCAUGGACAAUCCCACCACUACACAGUACGCCAACCUCAUGCAUAACUUCAUCUUGAAGGCUCGGAGCACUGUGCGUGAAAUUGAUCCCCAAAAUGACCUGACCUUCCUUCGAAUUCGUUCCAAGAAAAAUGAAAUUAUGGUUGCACCAGAUAAGGACUAUUUCCUGAUUGUGAUUCAGAAUCCAACAGAAUAGCCACUCUUGGCUCCCCAUGUCAUUCCUUAAUUUAAUGCCCUCCAAGAAUUAUAAUGUCAAUCAUGUCAUCUGACCAGCCCAUAAAGAUGACCAUAGAUCCCUCGUGAAACAAUAGAGAUCACUGUAGAUUCUCAUAAGCCAAUUCAAUGACCAAGGGUGGGUUGGCAGCUCCCCUCUACCUUCACCACGAUGGAGGAAUUCUUCUCCCCUUCCCCACUCCAGUGACCCCAGAGUUCCCAGGAGGCUCCUCCUUCCCUUCCUGGCUUUGGAGCCUCCCUUUAGGAGAAGCCCACACCCAGCUUCCUUCUGACCUUCAGUUCACUGUUGCUUUUGGAAAAGGUUGUUUUUCUUUAACUAAAAAUAACCAAGCCA